GGCGCGGCCUCCGCCCCACACUCGGAAAUCCUUCUGUGAGGGCGCCGCCCCCUCCGCUCCCCGGGUUUGCCGCGUUUCUUACAGUCCCCACUCCUUCGCUGGAGUCACGAGCUACCGAGAGGCCCCCCAGUCUGGUCCUGGGCCGGGGUAAGCACGAGUUGGGGAGGGCACGGUCCCGGAGAGCGUGGGAUCCCUGUCAGGGCACGGGCUGUCCCCCAGACUUUCACCUCUCGGCUUUCUGACUUUCUGCUGGGGCAGCUCGCACGUGCUGCGCUUCCGCUGUUCACCGAGAGUCACAACGUACAUUCUCUCAUUCAGUUCUGACAGCGCACUUCCGUGUAGUAGGCAGGUUUUCCGGAGGAGUAAACUGAGACUCAGAUCAUGGAACUUGCCCAAACCCAAGCUCGUCGGACUCCAACGGGCUUUUCAUUCGAGAGUAGGCUAAUUUACCCUUAGCUUCUCCUGUGCAUGCAAGCGCCGGGCCCCUCCGGGGCCCCCCUCCUUAACGGCCUGCUUGCACAGUAGGUCCCCAAUAGCGUGUUAGGCUCCUCUAAUUAACUAGGCUGAAACACCCAUUACCAGAGUCCUGAUAGAAAAAGCAGGUAGUCUGAGGGUUUUACAGGUGGGAGGAUGGUUUGUAGGAACAAAGUAGCUCAGGGGAACGUGCUGGAUCCCCGUAGCGCUCCUGGUUUAGGAAUUUGGUGGGGGAGGGGGGUUCAAAGAGGGCUCCAGAGUUGUUCAAGGCAAGUAAAUGGGUUACAGGAGUUGAGAUUGAUUAGCUUGAAGACGACCAGAGUGGGAGGGGUAGAGGGUGAAUGGAAGGGGCUGAAUAAUGUGCCUUUCAGGCCUCACAGAGGCCCACCAUCUGUGUGCUCACUGCCUUGCCAUGCCCAACAUUUUUGUCCAGGUGAAACCUGCUUAUAAUAGUAAUUAUUGUCGCGUUUGGUGAGCUCUGUGUGCUGGGCACUGUUCCAAGUACUUAAUCCUCUCAAACCCAAGAAGUAGGUAUUAUUAUUCCCAUUUUACAGGUGGGGAAAAUGAGGCACAAAAAGAUUACAAAGCUAGGUCAGUAGCUGAGCUGGUUUUGAACCCUGGCAGUCUGGGUUGAGCCCACACUCUCACUCACUAAAUAAACUGCACCUAACAUGAUGGGAACAUUAGCCUUAAAGGUAGAAAAGCUGGUGCGGAUGGCAGAGAGGUGUGUACUAGGGCAGCCCGUGUCCUUUUGCCUUGGUGAGGGCGGGUAAGAAACUUAGGGUUGGCUGUGUGUAUAUGGAAUCUGACUUCUCUCGAGCCAAUAUUCCAAAUUUUUGAAUAUGACAAAAAAACAAGAAAAACAAAAUCCAAGUUCUCACAAAGAGCUGCAGCCUUCAUUUAUGCUCCCUAAGAACGUUCACUAUCAUCUGUUGUCACCAUCAUUUCACAAAAGCAAGUACAUUUUAAUUCUCCUCAAAAGAAAACAGACAUCAUCUGAAUCAAAAGCGGAUACUCCUGGGAGCUUCCCUGGUGGUGCAGUGGUUAAGAAUCCGCCUGCCAUUGCAGGGGACACGGGUUCGAGCCCUGGGCCAGGAAGAUCCCAUAUGCCGCGGAGCAACUAAGCCCGCGGGCAUGACUACUGAGCCUGCGUUCUAGAGCCCGCGAGCCACAACUACUGAAGCCUGCGUGCCUAGAGCCUGUGCUCUGCAAUAAGAAGCCACCACAAUGAAGAGUAGCCCCCAGUCACCUCAACUAGAGAAGCCCGCAACCCCGCACAGCCAAAAAUAAAUAAGUUUAAAACAAAAACCAAAAGCAGUUACUCCCAAGAAAGGACAGUCCUUGACUGUCCACCAAUGAAUACACAUUCCUCUUUUUUUAAAAUCGUGCUGUGGACUAGCAGAAAUGUCACACUGGGGAUGCCUCUGCUUCUAAUGCAUCCAAAACAUUUGAGGGCAGAACCCAAAGGAAUGGGCUUAGGUAUAUAUAGCAGGAGGGAGUUAGGUUAGAGCCAAGAAAGAACGCUCCUUCUUUGGAGAUCUUUAAAGAGCAGGUGAGUACUGCAUUUGCUUAGAAGGUGAGGGUUGCAGGAUCAGCUACGUGGACUGGGGAGGCCAGUAGCUCUGGGUUCCACCUCAGAAAAGGACCAAUCCUCAGAUCUACUAGGGGAGCUGGAACCUAAAACAGUCCCUUCAGGCAGCCAUUUCCUGCCUGGAGUUCAUGGAGCUUGAUAGGUGGUCCCAUGGUAGUGGGGGGGGGGGCUCUGUCACCCUUCACUACAGGGAGUCCGUGUAGUCACCCACUGUUGGGCUGCACCCUGCAGGCCUGUAAGCCUUAUAGUUGCCCAGCCUUAGACUGAAGAAAGAGCCCGGAACAGCAACAGAGACAUUCAUGGUGCCGAAUUCAUGCCGGCGAGGCGGUAUAAGAACAGCCCACAGGGUUAAUAUAAUGGUGCCUUUCUCCAGUGGGAGCCUGGGUUAAUUACCUUAGUAGUCUUAGGUGGAGCCGGGUAUAAACCAGGUGAAAUCUGUAAAUCGCUUUCCAGUCCUAUUCCCCAUGGGACAGCAAACGCAAACCACCAGAGACUUACCUGCCAGUCCCAGGACCAUUUGAGAGUGUGUUCCUCUGGGGUAGAUCCUGUAGCGAAGGUAGCGAAGGCAAAAGUGAGUUACUGUCCUGAGAUAGUUGGCAGCGGUCUUUCGGUGGUCAACAGUUGAAUUUGGAUUGUAUUGACUAGUUGCCUCGGGGUUAACAUGGCCCUGGGAUGAUUGCUCCUCGGGUGUUCAGCUGCAGUUCAUAGAGCUUGAGUGAACCUCUGGUCCACCUGUUGAGAGAGCGGGUUUUCGUCUCGAUUGUUAAGUAAUCCUUUCAUCCUUUCCAUUAGCCCGGCAGGAGUGGGGUCGUAAGGCAGGUGGAAAUGCCAGUGUGUGUCAUUUUUAGCCGCCCAUUCCUGAACUUCAUGACUGGUAAAGUGGAUUCCUUUGUCACUGUUGAUGUCCGUGGGGUCCUGUAUAUCACACACAGCUGUACUAGACCCCAGAUAGUGGUUUUUUGCAUCGCUAGAUGACUCGGGUAGGCCUUUUGUAACGUCUUCCACCUGUUGUCAGCUGCAUAUCGCUGUUGUUCCAUCAUGCUGUAUAUCAUUGCUCUGCCCGCUUCCAUAGCCGGGGUCAGAAGCCCAAGGGUACUCUUAUUUUGUUGUAGCACAGGCCCCAACCAAACUUUUCCAGGUAACUGGCCAUGUCCAAUUCACAAGACUGUCCCUGAAUUAAUAUCCUCUAAAGCCUGUGUCUAAUUGUUUAGGGGUAAGAGGCUGGGGGUACGCUUGUCUUUUGUAGAUAAUCCAGGUCCUUGCGUUUGGUCUGUAUUCACCAGCCAUCCCCGUGCAGUCAGAUGAGCCACCAGCAUAGGGCUGCUACUUUUAAACUGGAAAGAGGCUCUGAAGUUAACAGAGUAGAAGAGAAUCAAUAUAAUGGAAGAGAAAGACACCUCUCAUGGUAGUCAGCUGCCACAGGGCCCCACAGGCUAGCGGACGGCCACCUCAGGAUGACCCCUGCAACCUUCCGUUCCCUGUCCUUACUUCACGACAUCUCGGUAGCUUCUUCGGCCUCCUGGCUGGCUCCCCAGUCGUUGGGCUGCACUGUGCAGUCCUGAAAGCCUUGUAGUUGCCCAGCCUCAAGAUUGAAGAGUCUGGAGACAGCAACGAAGACAUCAGUGGUUUAUUGGACAGGGGUGUCUUAAGCAAAAGGUUAAGACCCACCAAUCAUGGCAACACCCCACCGAUUAUGGCAGGCAGGCCAUGGCAGCAAUCUUUGCUGGAGAGGAGACUACUAUUUAUAGGGAGAAUUGACGUCAGGUUGACUUAUCAGUUACCAGGGAAACCAGCUGGGGCACAUCCGUCACAGCCCCUCAGAUUAAUGACUAUCACGAGGGCAGAUGUUUCCCUUUAAUAAAUUAGCAGGUAGAGCAGGGAUUAGAUCAGUCACUAGCUGGGGCGGGGGGCAAACAUGUUCACGUGAGUAGGGCACAGGUGGAACGGACUGGUCGAGCAGAGGAUGUACAAAGAGCAAGAGAACAGCCAUCUUGAAUGGCCUGACCAUACAUCCACCUUGGGACUGUGUAGAGUGCCAGGAAUGACCCUUGAGGAGGGCCGGGGAUGGGAGGGAAGAAAGGAAGAGAAUGGCCCCCUGGGAGUGUUGCCUGCAGCCUAGGGUGACACGGACGAAGGCUCUGAGCGGACAGACCUGGCUGGCUGCAGCAUCCUUGGGGAUGCCGUUUCCCUAUUUCCCCACCUCCUGCAAACCCAGGUGCAGUCCAGGGCCCAGAGCCGUCCAACAGGAGCUCAAGACCAGGCAGCUGAAGCCCUGUUCUGGUACAUCUCCGCUCAGUGCUGGCUCUAGGUCUGAGCCUGGCUUGGGUUCCUCCCUGUUCUGUACCGGAAGGUAAAUAUACACAGAGAGGAACAAGCAGAUGCUGGAAAAUGAUGGAUUGGCCUCGAGACUCUGCAGAACUUUGUAAAUUUCCUUUGUUGCCCAGGUUCUGAUUCUGGUGCCCUGGUUCCUGGCCCUGCUAGAGUUCUGGUUCCAGAAGGCCUUUGCUAGGUGCCUCGGGCAUGUGCUGCAUCCCCCAGUGCCGGGGGUAAAUGGACAUCUGGAAAGGUGUAGUGAGCCUGGCCACAGCCGCUGGGGCCAUCUGCCUGCUCUACAAGGCCAUCAGGGCGGGCAUAAAAUGUCAACCACCGCGCUGCUCUGCCUCACCCAUCUGUGUCGCCCGCCUGGCAGUUGAGCGAGAGCAGCACGGGCGGGACUCAGGUGAGCUCCGGAGGCUCCUCAACUCUUUGGAGUGCAAACAGGAUGAAUACGCCAAGAGCAUGAUCCUGCACAGUAUCACGCGCUGUGUGUACUUGCUGGAGUGCGAGGCCUCUGCAUGUACUAAUGAUGACAUCACGUUGGUGGGCUCCAUGCUGGAUGACAAGGACAACAGUGUCAAAAUCCAAGCUCUGAACACACUUAAAGCUUUCUCUGGCAUCAGAAAAUUCAGGCUGAAAAUCCAGGAACACUCCAUCAAGGUGCUGGAACUGAUCUCCACCAUCUGGGACUCGCAGCUGCACAUUGCGGGCCUCAGACUCCUCAACAACCUCCCACUGCCUGACUUUGCACAUCCACAGCUGCGAAGGGUGAUGCCUGCCUUGAUGGAGAUCCUGCAGUCAGACUACAUCCUGGCACAGGUGCAAGCCGCGCGAUUGCUGAGCAACCUGGCGCAGAAGAACGACCUUCUCUAUGAUAUUCUCAACUGCCAGGUACACUCCAACUUCCUGAACCUGUUCCAGUCCACACAGCCCGGGAGUCUGCUGCUUGAAGUACUGGUGUUUGCAGAGCGGCUGAGUGAGGGCCGGAGUUCACCCCACUACCGUGCUGUGAAGUGGCAUUACAAUGAACAGUCUGUGCACGAAGCUGUCUUUGGGGAUGACUCACGACUGGCAGACCGGCUGCUUGCCCUGGUCAUCCACCCCGAGGAGGAUGUUCAGAUCCAGGCCUGCAAAGUCAUAGUCAGCCUGCAGUGCCCCCAGGAUGUGGAAGUCUGGCCCUCCUGCCUGUCCAGUCAUUCCUGCUUUAAUAAUGCGGAAUAAAAUUAUGGAGAGCCAAUAAAUGA